AUGGAUGAACUGGAGGUUGCCAUUUUGUGUCUAUAUGGAAAUGAAAAUGCACAAAUCAGUAAAGGAGAAGCGCAAAAGUUCUGUGAAAAUUUUCAGAACAGUUCAGAAAGUUGGAAAUACUGUAUUGCUAAAUUUGUAGAUUCUAAAAGGUUGGAGAUAAAAUUCUUUUGCAUUCAUGUAAUUAUAGAAAAAUUAAAUAGUCUAAAAGGAGAAGACUUGAUACUUAUAAAAAAUUCCUUAUAUACGUAUUUGGAAAAUAAAUAUGCUGCCGCCAAUGAUGACCCUUGUGUCGUUAAUAAAAUGGUUCAACUUUACUUAUCCCUAAUAGAGUACCUAUACCCAAACAAUAUGAAUGAUGCAUUUAAAUUUAUCAUAAAUUUAAUUACAGUAAAUAAUGAUGUAAAUGUAAAAACUUUGUAUAUAAAUUUUUUUUUAAAACUAAUGAAUAUGCUAGAUACAGAAUAUAUAGAUAAUUCAUAUUCAAAAAAAUGCAUUCAAGUAGUAACGAAUUUGAAAGAGACAAUUAAAAAUAAUGAUUUACCAAUUAUCAUUGAAUGUUUUUAUUUUAUAAUGAAUUUGAAUGUGGAAGAAAUUAGUGCAUUGAGUAUAUUUACUCUUUCCAAAUAUGUAACGUGGAUAGAUGUAAAUUAUGUGGUUAAUGACAAAAUACUUGCAUACAUCUAUCAGUGUAUCAAUGUGCAUAAUAAUUCCAUGACAGAAGCAAGUUUUCAUUUAUUAACAAUCCUAGUACGUAAAGGUAUGAAUCCUGUAAAUAAAAUUCAGUUUAUAGAAAAUAUAAAUAUAAUAUAUAUCCUUCAAAAUAUUCCGAAAAUUAUGGACAUUUCAUACGAUGCAAACCAAAAAAUUAUGUUAAAAAAAGGAGAACUCAUAAACCACAUUUGCCUGGAACUGGUAGAAUCUAUUUAUGAAAUUAAUAAACUCAAAGACUUUCCUCUUAACAGUUCUAAAUAUAAAGAAAUAUGUGACAAAUCAGCCAAUUUAUUAUUUCAAGUAGUACCACAAGCUCUGGAUAUUUAUGCUGUUGACGAUUUUUCUGUAGCUAGUACUGUUGAGAAGUUUUUUAGUCUUCUAUUCACAAAAUUUAAAACAGUUAUGGAUUCUACAACAUCCACUGAAAGGACAGUUGGAAUUAACACUAAUGGAUAUAAAAUUCCACAGGAAAAACUAAAUCUUUUUAUUGAUACUUUAAUUUUCACAACAGUUAACAAAUUUCAAUUUCCUUCACAUAUUGAAGAAUUAUAUGAUGAGGAGAACGAAGAUUUUAUUGCAUUUAAUACAUUUCGAGAAAAUAUAGAAAAAUUGUUCCAGCGUUUAAUACUCUUUAAUAAAUUAAAAACUAUUGAAAUUAUCAAAAAUGCUAUUAUAUAUCUAAAUGAGAAUUUUGCUAAUCUCAAAUGGAACACUAUAGAAUCAACUUUAUAUGCCUUUUAUGUAACUACUUCUAUUUAUAGUGAAUAUAAAGGGAAUACAACACAAGCGACAACAAAUACUUCUAGAGAUAAUGUCACAACAGGAGCUGUAACAUUAAGUGGAAGAAUAACUGGUUUAUCAUCUUCCACAUGUAUGGGAAAAGGAGAUGCAAAUUCAAAUAUGCAAAAAGAUAUGCAAGACCUGCAGAAUAGCGAAUAUAACGAUUUACUUUUUAACUGCUUAGUAGAAUUAUUAAAAAAUGGAAAAAUUGUAAAUUGCAAUAAUAGUCUUAUAAACAUAAAUCUUAUGGAAAUAUUUCAAAGAUUAAAUUUGUUUUUUAUUAAAAAUCCACAAUAUGUAGAAUAUUCUUUACACGUAUUUAUCACAAACGGUAUUAGAAGUAGCAAAAAUAAAGUUAUUAAAAAAUCGGUACAUAUUUUUAAGAAAUUCCUCAGAACUAAUUCUUCUGUAAUAACCAAUUACAUGAAAGACAUCCUUCAGAUGUUGGAGGGAUUCUUAGAAAUUCCAUGUGCAUAUCAAGGAAUCAAUAAUAAAAACACAUCCAGCAGCAACAGUAGCAAUGUAACAAAUACCUUGUCUGACAUUCUAAGUUAUGAUCAAGAUAAUAUAAAAUCCAUAUACAAAUACCUCUACGCCCAUGUGAAUUAUACGUAUGAAGAUCAAAUCGAUAUCUAUGAAAUUGCUGGUUUGUUAUUACUGCACUAUGAUUUUACAAGAGGAAAAAGAACAACCAAAGGAGAUGUCAAUGACCAUGGGCAGAUUCUCCAGGGUCAAGGAAUGCAAAGUGGAGGAAGAAAUAGCCAUUCCAAUGUAAACUUCAAUCAAACAGACAACAUGAAUAGUAUGAACAAUGCAAGUGGUGCAGAAGGUAUGCUUAAUUCGAAUAUGCAGAAUAACUUUACAGAUCUAAAUACAAGAAAUGAAAAGAUAAAUGAACAAAUUAUUCCAAAUUAUAAGGACAGAAUUUUUUUCUUCAAAGGGAUAUUAAAUAAGCUAUUAGAAAAUCUAGCUAAUAUAAAAAAUGUAUAUAUGAAUUCACCCAAAUCACAAUAUGAUAUUUUAUGUUUAAGCUUUACAUGUAGUGUCGUUAUAAAAUGUAUUGGUGCACUAUGCAAAAAUGUAAAUAUUAACAUGACUGAUGAACUCAUAAAUGAUCUAGAUAAUACUUUAGGAAUUAUAAUAAGUGAAGCAUUAGAAUUAUUUUAUAAAAAUUAUAUAGUAAGAGAUUCUGUGUUGUAUACGUACAGAAUUUUAUCUAACCUUUUUAAGGAACUUUCUCUAAAUUAUACGACCAAAAUUUUACCUUACUUUUAUAACAUAUCUUAUAAUAUGAUAAUAACGAAAUUGCAAAAGAGUAAUAAUAUUAGCGAUAGUAAAAUGCAUGGUAAUACUUCUAUAUCUUCCCAGCUUAAUCAGAACAAUCAGAACCCAUUAUUUAAUUUUAAUAUGAUGACCCCAGCAUCUUAUCAAUCAAUUACAAACGUAUCAACAAGUGAAUCUGCAGCUUGUUUCACCAACUCACAAGAAGAAUUAAAAUAUUUGUAUAAUGAACUAAAUGAAUUGAGUAUAUUAGUAUGCCAUUUGAUAUCUACCUAUAAGGAGAAAUCUUACGACACAUUUGUAAAGCCAUAUAUAAAUAAUAUUACACAAAUAUACCUUACUAUUUGGAAAUGUAUAAUUGUUCAAUCGUUAGAAAUGCAGAGAGAACAAAAUUCUGUAUUAUCUCCACUUAUAUUAAUAUUAUAUAAUAUAUCACUUAAUAUUCCAUCUUCAAUUCAUAAUUUUGUUUCAUUUGAUCUUAUUGCACUGAAUCAUAAGGAAUUUUGUCAAUUUUAUCCCAAUGAUGAAAUUAUUAAGUCAAAAUGUGCAGAAGCAAUUACAAGUAUUUUACUUGUCUCUUUAAAUUACAGCAAUACUUACGAUUUAAGUAUUUGUCUCUACGCCAUUCAGACUAUAUCCAAUAUGUUAAACAAUGCAACAUGCCUUCCAAAUGCACAGGAGGUACUCAACAAAUAUCCGCUCGUUCAGAUUAUAGACUCCUUGUGCAUAACAUUGAAGUCCCUUGAUUAUUCGGACCCAAAGAAUAAGAGGAUAAUCCAAGAAAUAAUGAGUACCUUUCGAUUAUUCUGUGGGUUCAAAGUGAACGCAAAUUGCUUACCCAGCAAAGUAUUAGAAAAUGCACAAAUGUGUUUGCAGAAUUCCCUUCUCUCAGUCUUUAGAAAUAAUCGAAAUGACAUAGGAGUGUUGCUACAGGCAAUCAACGCGAACAAUCAGCAGCAGUUCAGACAAAUUUUGUCAAAUUUUGUUGCAUAA